GGAGACGCUUCCCUACCCCGUCCCGCCGCCGCCUGAGCGCUACUGAAACCAGCGUUUCGUGCCUGGCAGCGAAGGUCUCUGCAUGCAUUACCCGAUGAUAGGAAACCUCUUUCCCCAGCAGAUCCCGAUGGCUGCCGCUCACGUUUCUGCCUCUGGGGAUUUCUUUGCUGUUUCAGGGAUGGGGGCCCGCUCUCGUGGUUGUCGGUAACCCUUCAAAAAGCUAUUCCAGUUCGGUUUGAGGCAUCAUUUCUCGUUUUAAGAUAGCGAAAGUGGCUCUUAAGAGACUUCUGCUUUUCUCCCCGAUUUGUGGAACUAUUUAAAAGCAAAAGGUAGAGCAGCUCUAGUUAAUUUUCAGUAUUGAGAACAUUACUAUGAAAUUUGAACUCUUUCCUCUGUGGUUUUUAACAAAGAGGGAAGACUUUUCAGUUUGGCUUCGAAGUCGCUUUUGAAGAUUAAUGUAAUUUUUCUUGAUUUGGAGACAUACAUUAACUUUUUGGGUAUAAUUUCUUACUUUGCCCCACUGCAGUCUCUAGGGUAGUCAGAGGGGGAGAUAACCUUCACGUUUGGUGUAUUUUCAUUUAUUUAAAACCAGAAGUAAGGUAACACGGGUAUUCAGUGUUGCGCGCCAAGCCAGGAAAGAGGAUCUGCGGCAGAUUUGGAUCGCUAAGUUCCCUCUGGUAUUUCAUCUGACUCAAAAAGGGGACAGAGCCGAGGGCAGGGCUGAUGCCGAGGAGUUCUUGAGCAUUUUCGUCACGGACAAAUGCGAUAAGGCAGAAAAAGAGAAGUUGUUGCUGUUGGUCAGGCUGACGUCCCCCCUCUCCUGUUGCAACACAAAACACUGCAGAGAAGAGCAAAGAGGAUAAUUGCGGAUUAGCUUCCUAACCUCAUUCAUGUGGUAGCUGACCGACGCACUGAUACUUGAGAGUUUAAUCAUCCUUCCUUUAAAAUUAAAUCCUCGUGCGUAUGUGAGCUUUGGCAUUGCUGAGGACACCUCUGAUAAAGCUGAGCACGCUGGAGCCAGCAGCAAGAACUGUAAUGACUUACGUUGCAAAGAAGUGCGGCAUCUGCUUUCAGCCUCCAUCCAUUGUCCUGAUCUACAAAGAAGACAACAAGGAUAAGACUCGCCAGCGCAUCAUGCCUGUCAGAAAUUUCUCCAAGUUCUCAGACUGCAGCUUGGCUGCUGAGCAGCUGAAAAAUAACCCUCGGCACAAGGCUUACCUAGAAGGAGUCUCACUGCGUCAGCUAAAGAAGCUGUACAGUUUGCUGAAAGGUCACCUGGGAGGAGAGAGCCUGGCUGAGAGCUUGGAAAAGUUUCAUCAGGAAGAGACCAUUGACCCAGAAGAGGAUCUGAACAAACUGGAUGACAAGGAACUAGCCAAAAGGAAGAGCAUCAUGGAUGAGCUCUUCGAAAAGAACAGGAAGAAGAAGGAUGACCCAGAUUUCAUCUAUGAUGUUGAGGUUGAGUUUCCACAGGAUGAGCAGCUGGAGUCCUGUGGCUGGGACGUGGAGUCAGGUGAAGAAAUCUGACUCCAGAACAAAGAUGGCUUAGACGAGGGAUUCAGAGGCAAAUCUCGCCGUCCUAACAGAGAGAACGAUGUCAGCGUAUGUAUUCCACUGCAUGAUUUUCAGUUCGUGCCAUUGAUGCACAUUACAUUGGCUACAGAGAACCAGGGUGCUACAGCAACUCCAGGUUUAAGUGAACUUUAAGAAGCCAGACUUGAUGAAGUGGAAACUGGGCAGCUGAACUUAGUUGCUGCUGUGCCUAAAUAACUUUAAAUUAUUUACUCUUUCACUAAGUCAGCUUUGGCCGAAAACCUCCCCAGCUUCCCUUGCUGCGAUUUCUAUUCAGCUUUGACUGAAAAUGAAGUGUUAAAUAUUCAUGUCUUGAAAGCAGUGUUAAAGCUUUAUUGUAUGCAUGUGGUAUUUACUAGUGCUUGUCUUUCUGGAUAAACCAGUGUUGUGUUGAGAAUAUUACUCUCACAUUUCCUGAGCGAUGCUUAAAUCUCCAGCUUCAGCUUACACAAAUAUAAAUCCUUGUAUUUAAGAAAUGGAAUAUCUAGAAAGUCAGUCUUGAAAGCACAUUUGAAAAUGCAGCCAUUUCAGACUGGUGGCGUGAGGUGUUUUGCUCUCUUGCCCUCCUAGACGAUGCUUUCUCUGUAAGUGCUCAGUUCUGGGAAAAUGCACUUAAACUAUCCAUAAAAAAGUAGCGUGGUAGAAGGUCACAAAGGCUGUGGGUGGUUUUAGAGUAAAACAAAACCCUUACCCCUGCUGCCUCAUCAGGCUUCAGUUCCCAGCUCACUCGAAAUUGUGCUGGGGAGAGCCUGACACGACAAGUGAAGCUGCAGCAAGAGGUCCUCCAUGCAGUGUUUUGGUGCUCACCAAGAAAUUCAUCUCUGCAAAUAUUUGCCUUAGCCUACUGAAGUUUUUAAUCCCACUGUCUAACUCAGCUGGUUCAUAUGAACCAAAUCCUACUCUCCUGCAAGAACUAGAAGGCUAAGCCUGGGAUUCUUUAGAAAAUUACAUGACUCCAAAAGCUUCCCAGGUUUUGGCUUUCUGAAUUGGGGUGGCUUGUGAGAUCUGUGAAUGGGCUGGGCCCUCACCCCGAGUUGAAUGGCCUCAACAAAUUCAUGCCUGAGGCAACUAAAGAGAGUUGUAAAGUGCCUCUGAGACCAAUUCAUUUCCUGGCUUCCUUCUUGCAACCACAAAUGAAUUCAAAUCUGUCAAUUCCAUCAGUGUAAGACAUCACAUCGUAGCACAGAAGCUGGGGUUUGGAAGAGCUCCCCUCCUACAGACUGAAGUGAUAGAGCCAGUUCUGUGAAAAAUCUGAAACACGUGUCAGUUAAACCACUGGACUUUGCCAUCACUGGAGAAGAUGAGUGAGCUUGUGUGUGUCCAAGGGAGUCUUCAGUCCAGAAGAGAAAUAGAAGCCAAUGCCUCAUUUGCC